CAACCCUUCCACACAACAUGUCUUCCAAACUCCCAACAUCAGCCCUAUUAGUCCUCCUCUCCAUCAUCAUCUACUCCCAAUCACCAGUCCUACUACAACUCCUUGGCCAAGCCAACAUCGACAAAACCAGACUCAUCAAAUGGUCCAACAGCAAACCCUUGAACAACCACGACUGCAAAGUCAUGCACCAAGCAGAUGCAUGUGAGGACGUCAAGAUCCAUUAUGCAUCCAACACUGCAUUUCUCGCCUGUGGAGAUCCAAUCGGCCGCACCAAUUGGUAUCCAUGCGCAGGAGUCCGUCACCCGGAAAAACGAGCAGAAGCUUCGUUUCGUGAACAGUUGUUCAAAUAUGAUAUUAAAAGCGGGUUGACGACAAAGUUGGAGUUGGAGGGGUUUGAUGGGGAUUUCAUCACGCAUGGGAUUGAUGUUUAUGAGUUUCCGGACGACUCUACGAAAGUCCACAUCUUCGCCGUCAAUCACGGUCGAACAGGAGACUCGAUCGAGAUCUUUUCUCACAACCUAGGUUCCAAUACAGCCAAACUGAUCAAGAAAGUCACCCAUCCAAAUAUCAAGACCGCCAAUGGUGUCUCUGCAAUGGGUCCUUUCGACUUCUACAUCACCAACGACCACUACUUUGCCCGUGGCCCGCUACGCGUUCUUGAAGAAACAUAUGGCCCUUUUACCUGGUCGACAAACGUCCAGUAUUGUGACGCGAAUAACCCUGAAGUAAUCUGUAAACAAGCAACCGGAACAUUUCCUGGCGCCAACGGGAUCAAUUCAUGGAAUGAUCGACUUUUCGUGGGAGAUGCGAGAAAUGGAACUGUGACGGUAUUUCAAAUCCAGGAGGAUAGGAGUUUGACAUGGUUAAGACAAAUUGACCUAGGAGCCGCAGCGGAUAAUAUCAAUAUUCUACCUACGACCGGUGAUCCCAUUGUUGCAGUCUUUCCGACAUUAGAAGAUUUGCCUGCAUAUCUCGAUAAUGUGCGUUCACUGGGAAAGGACUUCCUUGUUCCUGCUGCAGCACUGCGACUUGAUAGUUCUAGGGACUAUACGCCGGAACUGAUUUAUUUUGACGACGGGUCAGUUGUCAGCUUUAUGACUACGGGGGCGGUUGACCCGUAUAAUCGGCUGUUUAUCGCUUCGAGCGUUUUGCAGUUUGGCGGGUUUGCGGUUUGUAAGUUACGGCCAGGAGCUGUUGUAUAGAAUAGAAAUGAUGAUUCCAUAUGAGAAGGAAUAUGAAGUAUUAAACGGUAG